AUGUCUAAAUCACUCGAGUACCUAGUAAUAUCACAAAUUGUGGUUGGUUUACCUCACGAAAGGUUAGGCGAAGAAGUAUGUGCGGUUGUUAAGACAAAAAGCGGCAACGAGAUGACAAUUGAACAACUUCACGAAUUCUGUGACGGAAAGCUGUCUACGCACAAGAUUCCUACCCAAAUAAAAACGAUGGAGAAGUUUCCCACCACAACGUCGGGGAAAGUACAGAAGAAUAAAAUAGUUGAACUUCUUUUAAAGAAUAAAAUGUUAUAA